AUGAGGACAAGCCAAGUAUGUGGCGAUUUGAAGUGCAUGUUAUUCCUGGUCACCUUGAUAGGAGCAUCAAAAACAUGGUUCAAUAAAUUCAAGAAGCAUUCAAUCACCUCUCGGGACAAACUGUCAAGUGACUUUAAAAAAGAAAUUUGUACCGCCAGGUCUCGAAAACCUGAAUGGUCUUCCUUGGCCAACGUAAAACAGCAACCCAGUGAGAGUCUAAAGGCCUAUAUUAAUAGGUUCAACAUCGAGGCGGCAAAGGAGAAGAACAUUGAUGAUAGUGGGAGACUCAUGGCCUUGGGGGCAGGCAUAACUCAUGGAUCUUUACUAUGGGAUAGCCUCCAAGGGAGAGGUGCCCCCACUAUUGACGAAUUUAUAAAAAGGGCCCAAAAAUAUAUAAACAUUGAGGAAGCCAGGUUAGCCAAUAACCUACCUCUUCCCUCAGCACAACUUGCUUCAGCUACUACAAUAACAACUUCCACUAAUCCAAAGGCAACAACUACCAACCCUCCAGCCACCAAUAACUCUAGGCACAAUAAUAAGAGAAAGGGCGACAAUGGAGGAGAACAGAACAAUGCCAAAAAGAGAAAAGGUUACCAGCCCAUGUUCACAAUAUACUCCGAACUUGUGGAGACACAAGAAACCAUAUAUAUGGCAAACGAACAUCGGGUGGCCUUUCGGAUACCUGAACCCUUGAAAGGAAUUCGUGCGAAGAGGGAUCCAUCCAAGUAUUGCCAAUACCAUAAAGACAUUUGCCAUACCACCAACGAGUGUCGAAACUUGAUGGAUGAGAUAGAGACUCUUAUACGUAAUGGGCCACUUGCUCACUAUGCAAGGAAUAGGAAAUACAACCAACAAGGAGCGAACGCAAAACAACCUAUAGCUCCACGUGCAAAUGUUCAUCCACAGGUGGUGCCAGGAAAUAAUGCUCAUAAUCCCCUGGCACAACUACAAGGGGGACAACCGAGACAUAACCUGAACCUCUCUCCACUUGUUGAAGGAGAAGACAUGCUGGUCAUAUUAGGAGGACCACACUUUGCAGGGACCAACAAUGGAGCUCAAAAGAGAUAUAUAAAGGAGCUUAAGAGCUCGGAUAAGACUUCUUUAACACCAGAACAACGUGCUCCCAAGCAAAGCCAAAUGGAAGACCAGGCCAUAACAUUUUCCAGCAAGGAUACUCAUCAUGUACAAAGUCCACAUAAUGAUCCCCUAGUGAUAACAUCUCAAAUCCCCAACAGGAGGGUAAGGAGAGUCAGGGUUGACAAUGGUAGUAGCGUGAACUUAUUAUAUAAGACAACCUUGGAGAAAAUGGGGUUAAACGUGCAGGACCUACAACCAUGCACUUCCAAUUUGGUUGGAUUUACUAGAGAUAGCAUAGCCAGCACAGGAAGAAUCACUCUCCCAUUGACACUCGGGGAGGCCCCAAAAAUAGGGGCAGUCACAUCAAUCAAGCAUCUGGCCUUAAAGUUUCCAACUGCUACUGGGAAUGGAAUAGUGAAAGGAGAUCAACUAGCUGCACGUGAAUGCUACAAUGUGGCUAUGAGCGGACUAACCGGAUCAGGGGCGCAGAUGUUGGUCGUAAACAAAGAUAAUGAAGUGGAAAAUAUGGAAGCAAAAGAAGUUCCUGAAGUUGAAGAGAUAGGCCCUCAUGUGGGCGAUGACCGGGCAGACUUGGGUCCUAUUAAGGAGCUUAAAGAAGUUGUUUUCAACCCCAACGAACCAAUGAAAACCGUAAAGGUUAGGAAGCAUCUGAACUAG